AUGGCGGGAAAGCAGUGGCGUUUGGAGUGGACGCCAAAAGGGAAGGUGGUGCAACUGUUUGCUACAGUGGAAAGAGAGAUCCGUCCGAUCCAUGUGAUGGUGUUCAACAUUGGAGCUACCAGUUUUGACUCCAAUCCAGUGGCGCAACCGUUCGCUACAGUGGAAAGAGAGAUCUACCAGUUGGUGCAACUAUUUGCCACAGUGGAGGCGGAGAUCGGUCCGAUCCAUGUGAUGGUGUUCAACAUCGACCAGGUGGCUCGGCUGUUUGCUACAGUGGAGGGGGAAAUCGGUCCCAUCCAUGUGAUGGUGUUCAACAUUGGAGCAAGUAGCUCUAGAAUUGCUCCUGUCUCUCCUCUUUUCCCGGCUCCUCCCACCCUUUCCUCCCCGCAGACCAGGUGGCUCAACUACCACGUGGCUCAACUGUUCGCUACAGAGGAGGCGGAGAUCGGUCCGAUGCAUGUGAUGGUGUUCAACAUCGGAGCAAACCAGGUGGCUCAACUGUUUGCCACAGUGGAAAAGGAAAUUGGUCCGGUUCGAGUGGUGGUUUUCAACAUCGGAGCAAACGUCAAGUUUGAUGUGGUGGACACGACUUCGAGAGUUUACUUCAAGGUUUGGGAAAUGGCAUGCUUGGCAGGCUUCCUCACAUCUCGUGAGGCUGCACGGAGGAUGCUUCCCAGAAACUGCGGCACGAUUAUUCUCACCGGUGCUACUGCAAGCGUUCGUGGCGCUGCAGGGUUUUCUGCCUUUGCGGGAGCUAAGCACGCGCUAAGAGCUCUGGCUCAAUGCUUAGCUAAAGAAUUAGGUCCCCAGGGGGUACAUGUUUGCCAUGUGGUGAUUGAUGGGGCUGUUGACACACCGUGGAUUAGGGGGAAUUUUCCAGAGAUGGUAAAGGAGAAAGAGAAGGUGGAUGGGUUGGUGCAGCCUGAUGAUGUGGCGGAGCUGUAUUGGUCGCUGCAUAUGCAGAAGAGGAGUGGCUGGGCGUUCGAGGUGGACCUGAGGCCAUGGACGGAGAGAUGCCAUCAAAACACUCCAGCAGCAGAACCGCCUACGCGUUACGAGCCGGCUACCCGUUUAUCCGCCAUGGCGCGUCGCCUUUCUCCCUGGGGAUUGUCGCUGGUCCUGCUUGCGCUUCUCGCGGCGCUUCUUCCGGAGCUGUGCGCCGCGGACGAUGAUGGCAGCUCUCGCCAGUACGAUGGGAAGACCGGCGCGAAGAAGCUUAUAGCGGAGAUGAAGAAGAAAGGCUACAACACUGCGCUGUCGCUUUUCGAAUCGACAGGAAUAGCCAAGGAGCUUCCAGAAGCAAUGAGCUACUACCGCCUCACCGUUCUCGCGCCCACUGACGAGGCAUUUGCGAAGCUUUCUUCGAGCGUGACCAAGGGGCUGAGCAAGGCGGCGAUGCGGGAUAUCACGAUGCUUCAUAUUGUAAAGGGGAGAAAGACCGCUGCUACUUUAAUUCGCAUGCGGAGGGAGCACGAGUGGCGAACUCCCUCCAAGAACGGAGAAGCAGGUCUCUUCAAAGCCACAGAAGCAAAAGUCAAGCCGGUCAAACUACAUGCAGAGGGCGGCAAGAAUGUGACUAUAACGAAGCCGGAUUCGGUGCUGCUGACGAUCUCUGCCGUCCACGGCAUCGACAAGGUGAUCAUUCCGGGCGGCAAGCUGACCGGGGCGAAAAAGAAGCUGUCGCUGAAGGAGUGUUUGGAUCUGAGCAAUGGGGAGGAGGACUUGGAUUAUGACAACUAG